UUGCGUUGAAUUCAUUGUUUACAUAUUUCAGUUAAGUUCUUACUUCUUCGUUUUAAAAGCAAAAAAUGAAUACCUUUCGUUUUCUGUCUUCUUUAAACAGGACUUCCUGUCUUCGUAUAAAUUGCUUUAAGUACUAUCGUCCUGCGUGUCCUAAAAACUUGCCUUUCAACAAUCAAACACGAAUUAUACACGUGUCUCGACAUCUUCAGGCUGAAGAAUUAAAGAAGGAACAUUCUCAAAUUUUUGUUUAUGAAGGACCUAUAAGAAGAAGAAUAAAAUCUGUCAAAAUUAUUUCUCUCACUUGCACCAUGCUUGGUUUAACUAUGUUUCCAAAAAUUGUAUAUGAUGUAGCUCAAACCAACCUGCUUUUUGGUUACUUCGCUGUAGUGGGCUCUCUUUUUUACUUUUCCACUCCUUUAAUACUGCAUUAUAUAACAAAAAGUUAUGUUAUAGAAUUGUAUUUCAAUGCUGAAAAUGACACUUUCACUGCAAAAACGUAUAACAUAGUAGCUAUGUUACAAGAUUUUCAAUUUAAAGCUUCGGAUGUAACGGUUCCAACUUUACCUGGACCUUUCACAACUAUGCGGGCAAAAAAUAAAGGAUUAUUUGUAGAUUACAGGGCUGUAAAAGACCCUGAUGCUUAUGCUCACAUGAUGGGUCAUGACAAGCCAUUUGAUUUCGAAGUAUAUGAAGAAAAACCUGAAGAUAAAUCAUAGAAAUUAGGUGAUAUUAUGUGUUUGUAAAAUUAAAUUAUUUGUUUUAACAAACUAUGUUUGUUUCUUUGUGUUUAAAAUUGUUUAUUGUGAUGAACAUUAAAUAUUUUU